UCCGUUCCUCCCUCGUCUUCAGCAACAUAAAAACCAAGUCACACGAGAAUUGUCCCAAACAUAAAAUUGGGUACAAAAAAUCAAGUUACUCGCAGUCUCACUCAUGGAGUCAACAGCAGCUUCAAAGCCUAAAUCAGAAUAUUUAGUACCUCGUAUCUCUCAGUUUAAGAUAGCUUUGUGCCAAUUACUGGUAACUACUGAUAAAGAUACCAACUUGAAUUGCGCUCGAAACAUGCUCGAGGAAGCUGCUGAUAAGGGUGCCAAGCUUCUUAUUUUACCUGAAAUGUGGGUGUGCCCUUAUUCCCAUGAAUACUAUGCAAAGUGUGCUGAAGAGCUUGAUAAAGAGGAAUCAUCACAAGCUUUUAGUAUGUUAUCGAAAGUUGCUAGCAGUCGUAAGAUCACAAUAGUUGGGGGGUCAAUUCCAGUGAGGAAAAAUUGUAAAAUUUAUAACACGUGUUGUGUGUUUGGACCGGAUGGAAAGCUCAGAGCUAAGCAUAGUAAAUUGCACUUGUUUGAUUAUUACGAACCUGGAGCUUCAUUUAAGGAGUCGGAUUCAUUCACUGCUGGAGACACACCUACAAUUGUGGACACAGAUGUAGGCCGCAUUGGGAUCGGUAUCUGUCAUGAUAUACGCUUCCCAGAGCUUGCUAUGUUGUACAGAGCAAAAGGUGCUGACUUGAUUAUUUAUCCUGGUGCAUUCAACAUGAGCACUGGAAAAAUGCUCUGGGAACUAGAAACAAAAGCCAGGGCUAUUGAUAAUCAGGUGUUUGUUGCUGUUUGUUCACCAUGCCGAGAUUCAGCUGGAUCUUACACAAUUUGGGGUCAUUCCAUGAUUGUUGGUCCAAGUGGUGAAACAAAAGGUAGAGCAGAACAUGAAGAGAAUAUUGUAAUUGCUGAGAUUGAUUAUGCAGAAAACCAGCUUCAGAGAGAGCUCUUCCCUAUGCUGAACCAACAUAAGGAAGAUUUAUACAAAUUACUGGAUACAGAAUAGUCGAAAUUCGCGAACUAUGCCGAGUCUUGUAGUGCUUCAUGACUUUGUUCUUGUAAAAGCUUAUUUUACUCCAUGAGAUGUAUGCUAAAUUGCUAAUGGCCUGAUGCUGGCGAAAUUUUAGCCUGCAGAAGAGUUGUACUACUUCUAUAUAACAAAUGCUGUGAUUUCUUCUCUAUUUUUUUAGGGUAUAAUGAUGUAACAUCUUAUCUCAAUGUAAUUAUAGGAGAAAAAUGUAAGGAGUGAGUCCAACAACAGAAUUCCCUCGCCCCCUUUGAACAAGAAAUUAUUUAAGAUCAUUACUUUGUUAUUUUGUCAA